AUGAGCAGCUUAAUACCCAAGAGACUAAAACUUUUUGACACUAGAGCUAGAAAAAAGGACUUUGACUUGUCAUCAGAACAAGAAAAAACUCCUAUUGUAGAAGCAGAAACAGCAAACAUAACAUAUUUACAAAAUAAUAUGGUCACAGAACAAGAUGGAACAAACACUAAUGUACCAAAUUCUAAUCAUCUAAAAGAAAAUGACUCAAUCAAUACUAUAGAUGAUCAGAACUUAACCUUUAAGAAAAACACAACUAGUAUCACCAUUUCAAAACAUGGUUCACCUUCAAUAGAAGCUAAUUACAAGAACACAAAUAAUGAAACAUCUGCUACAAACUAUAACUAA